AUGUUGGUGACGCAGACAAGGCUUGAGAAUAAGUGCGGCUCAACUAUAAGAACUGUCUGCUCCGAGACAAACAACCUCCUGAUUUCACUUCUUACUCCCCCCCACUCUUUCGCUAUGGCUACACAGCUAGCCGUUCGGGCCCUUCAUUACAGCUGUACAUUUCUGGCAAGUCUGUUUAUUGUGAUCUCUUGUCUUUUAAAGCGAAGCCCAGCAAAGAAAAAGAAGAAGGAUCGGAGAAAGGGCCGCUCCAAGCAUCAGGGUCGAGCUCAAGUUGCUGUGACGGCGUUGAUCGUUUUCACAUAUGUCAGCCAAAUCGUUUUGAAUAUUGCCACUCAUGAUCUGGACCGCUCCCAGCCGUUCCUUGUGCAUAUGACCUCUCUGGCGGUUGUAUGGUCUGCGGUGUCGCUCCGGCAACAACAUACCUCCAAGUAUGAAGUGGCUGGUACCUCUUCGGUCACCGCUGCUUUCGAAAUUCCACUCCUUGCGCUCUCCUUGUGUCACAAACCGAGACAGUGGGAACCAAUCGCUCAAGUUACCAUCUCGUCGGUUCGCAUCUUGCUGCUCCUCAUCGUCACAGUUGUGAUACUAUUGGAUCUCAGGCUACGGGAAAAGAAGAAGACUUCCGAAGAAGCACGCCCCUUUCUCAACGGGAACCACACAACGUAUGGUACAGCCAAUGGGCACAACUCAGAUAACAGUGUAAAUUCCGAAAGCGAAAGCGAGUCGGACGCAGACACAAAGAAUGGUAGAGCUGCACGGGUCAAAAAGCUCCGCGAUGAACAGUUGCAGACAUACGGAGGCUGGUGGGAUUAUCUGAAAAGCUUUUCGAUCUUUCUACCCUACCUGGUUCCUAGGAAUAAUCGGCCAGUGCAGUUGUGCGUUAUCAUCAGCGUCAUAUGCUUAGCAUGUCACCGGGUUUUGAAUAUCCUGAUUCCCCAGCAACUAGCAGAUGUGACCAACAACAUCUUUGCAAAUGAAGCCCCGUAUGCUUCGUUGGGGAGAUGGGCUUUGCUACAGCUUAUUCGUGGUGGAGCUGGACUGGGAUUGAUUGAGGCAUUUGUCAAGAUUCCAAUUCGACAAUUUUCUUAUCGCCAGAUCACCAAUGCUGCCUUUGGCCAUGUCAUGAACCUAUCGAUGGACUUCCAUAUUGAUAAUGAUUCAGCCGAGGUCAUGAAAUCUAUUGACCAGGGUGCAGCCUUGAACAAUCUGCUGGAGAUGGCCAUUCUAGAUAUUGCCCCGACAGUAGCCGAUUUGUUCAUCGCCUGCAUCGUCUUUUACAUGAAAUUCAAUGCCUAUGCAUCAUUACUGGUGGUAGUUGCUGCAAUCGCUUACGUCUCAGCCGAGGUCUUUACUUCAAAUUGGAACAUGGAGCAUCGACGUGAACUCACACAGACUCAGCGAGAUGAAACUCGUAUCAUGCACCAAGCUGUUCAAGGCUGGCAAACUGUCACAUACUUUAAUCAGUUUGUGUAUGAACGAUCUCGAUUUGGAGAAGCAGUUGACCUUUGUCUCAGGGCAAGCGCACGGUUUGGCCGACGCCGGGCAGUUGGAAAGGCACUCCUGGACCUCAUCAAGCCAAUCUCAUUUGUUUGUCUAGCCUCCCUGAUUGUGCAAGAAAUAUCCGUGGGGCGUGCCUCAACGGGAGACUUUGUCUUUUUCAUUCAGUAUUGGUCUUCGCUUAUCUCGCCUCUGGCAUAUCUCUCUGCGCAGUACCGCUGGCUUGUAUCGGACCUGGUCGACGCUGAGCGUCUGCUCUUCUUAUUCCAAUCUAAGCCCAGUGUCACCGACAAAGACAAUGCCAUGGAUUUGAAACGGGGAGAUGGCCGUGUUGCUUUCCGUAAUGUUGACUUUGCUUACGAUACGAGACUCAAUACUCUCAAAAACGUCGACAUCUCUGUUGAUCCAGGAACCACAGUGGCCUUGGUAGGAAUGACUGGCUCGGGAAAGACAACAAUUCUCCGACUACUACUCCGGCUUUACGACGUUAUUGCUGGGCGGAUCGAGAUCGACGGCCAGGAUAUUCGAGAUGUCACGCUCAGUUCGCUGCGUCAAACCAUUGGCGUCGUCCCACAAGAUCCCGUCCUUUUCAAUGCGUCUAUCAUUGAAAACCUGCGAUAUGCUCGGCCCUCGGCUUCAGAUGAAGAAAUCUACGAUGCGUGCCGUGCUGCAGCCAUCCAUGAAAAGAUACUUACUUUCCCAUCUGGAUAUGACACGAAAGUAGGAGAACAGGGCGUGAAGCUAUCUGGCGGUGAAUUACAGAGAAUAGCCAUCGCUCGGGUAUUCCUCAAACAAUCUCCAAUUCUUCUACUGGACGAAGCAACAAGUGCUGUGGAUUCGAAUACGGAGUCAGAAAUUCAAAUUGCAUUGGACCGACUGAGGGCUAAGCGCACUACAUUUGUCAUUGCGCACCGACUAUCUACGAUUGUUGGCUCAGAUCGCAUCCUUGUUCUGCACGAGGGCCAGGUUGUAGAAAGUGGGUCACAUCAAGAGCUGCUGAAGAAAGAAGGUGGUCGAUAUCAGAAUCUCUGGCAAAAUCAGUUUGGGGGUGACAAGAUGAGAAAGUCCGCUUUGUAG